AACUAUUUUCACUAAUCACAAAAACCUCUUUCGUUCCCGCCUCCUCCCACAGAACUGUACAACCAUGGUCGACGGCGAAGUUGAAAUCCUUCGCGGUUACGAGCUCCGUCUCCUCCGGUGCACCAUCUCUUCAGAACUUUCUCUCGAAUCCCAGCUGCUCGAUGAAUCCCAAUCUGGAAUUCAUCCACACGACUCUCUUAUAAGGUCCCUUUUGUCUUCAAUCGAGGCUGGAGACUAUCUUGGAGCCCUAGCCUCCGACGAUACUAAGCUAAUACUCGGCGAUUGCGAGUUCGACCUGGUCGACUCGGUUGAUUCCGCCGAGCGAGUUUAUUCCCAGUUUCUCGACAAGGUCGAAUCGUUCGUGGUGAACGAUUCGUCAGAUGAAAUCGACAAGGCUCGCCGUGCUAUUCUGGUGAUGUGCUUAGCAAUCGCGGCUGCUUUUUGGUUCACUCGAUGCAAUCUGACCGGGUCGACGGAAGGAUCAACAAAUUCGAUACCGUUUAAAGAAUUAGUUGAAUGGGAGAACUGGGCUAAGAUUCAGCUCAUGUCUGUUGGUUCUGACUUGCUUGGGAAGUUUUCUAAUCUCCAGCAUUUAGUUUUUGCUAGAUUGCUGCUGUUAAAGUUGAAAGAUUUGUUGUUUGAGACAACUGCAACUGAAACUUUUGAAUUAAGGAGUAUUUCAUGGUGGCUUGUCAGAGUUUUACUUAUCCAUCAAAGAGUUCUACACGAGCCAUCUUCAUCUUUGUCUGAGAUGUUGCAAGUUUACAUGGCCGAAGCUCUAGACCAUUUUGGAGCAUUGGAAAAAGUGGAAAGCUACUGGGGUGCCAAGUUGCUACAAGACGAAGCUUCAUCCAUCACGUCAAUCAUCCAUCUGGAAGCAUGUGUACUGCAAUAUAUAUAUGGAAGGAUUGACCCUUCUCGGUUGCAGCUUGAAUCUGCUAAAGCAGCAGCAGGGCUAGAGUUCUCUGUUACCGGGGCUCUGGGAUUUCGUACUAUUCACCAAGUAGUACCAAAGGCACAGAUGGUAUUGGUAGCCAAUACUAGCUCAUCCAAUGGGGAUGUGAGGUUGGCCUCUGAGAAAGCUGAUGUUGGACCUUAUGGAGCUUGGGAAGGUGAAACACCUCAAGUAUUUAUGACUCCCAAACUAGUGAACAACGAGAGUGAAUCUGGCAAAGAUUCUGUGCCCUUAAAACCAGUUGAACAGGCAUUGAUUUUGGCUCAGUGCCUUCUAAUUGAAAGGGGUAGUCGGCACGAUGCAAUGCAAAGUUGGGAUAUGGCUCCAUAUAUUGAGGCAAUUGAUUCUCAAAAGUCAACAUAUUUUGUUCUACGGUGUUUUUGUGACUUAUUGCGUGUUCGAUGGGAAUCAUCUCGAUAUCGUACAAGGGAACGCGCCCGGGAUAUGAUGGAUAAGCUGGUUGGAGCUAUUAGCAAGAGCGAUCCUGGAGUAUCAAAUCGGAUCCCUUUAUGCUAUGCAGUGUAUCUUCCUACUAUUCCUGCUUUGAGAAAGGAAUACGGUGAGCUUCUGGUGAGUUGCGGUUAUGGUGGGGAAGCAAUCACAAUAUUUGAGAGCCUGGAAUUGUGGGAUAAUUUAAUUUACUGCUACUGCUCCAUGGGAAAGAAAUCAGCGGCUGUAGAUCUCAUCAAUGCACGGCUUCGUGAACGCCCAAAUGACCCAAGAUUAUUGUGUUCAUUGGGUGAUGUUACGAUUAACGAUUCCUGUUAUGAAAAAGCCCUGGAAGUUUCAAAUGACAAGUCAGUUCGUGCUAAGCGGGCUCUUGCUCGUAGCGCAUACAAUCGCGGUGAUUUUGAGAAGUCGAAGAUGCUGUGGGAGGGUGCAAUGGCCUUAAAUUCUCUGUAUCCAGAUGGCUGGUUUUCUCUUGGUGUUGCUGCGUUGAAGGCGAGGGAUGUUCAGAAAGCACUGGAUGCAUUCACUUCCGCUGUUCAUCUUGAUCCUGACAAUUGGCAUGCUUGGAACAACAUUGCUUGUCUGCAUAUGACUAAGAAAAGGAGAAAAGAAUCAUUCAUUGCGUUUAAAGAAGCACUUAAAUUAAACCGAGAUAGCUGGCAGAUAUGGGAGAAUUUCAGUCAUGUAGCUAUGGAUGUGGGGAAUACUGAUAAGGCCUUUGAAGCUAUACAACAGGUACUGAAAUUGAGCAAUAACAAGAAGAUUGAUGUUGUUUUAUUGGACCGUAUAAUGACAGAGUUAGAAAAUAGGAAUUCAGCAUAUUACGAUUCGGUUUGGAUUGAUCUCAUCGAUCUCCCAAUAUCAUCUUUAUCGAUUGAAAUCGAAGCUUCUUCAGAUGAACUGACGGAAACAAAACAGUGUUCUGUAACACCAGCUGAAACUCAACGCCACCUAGAGUUGCUUGGGGAAAUUAUUCAGCAGAUUGUCAAAACAGAAAGUACAUCUGAAAUCUGGGGAUUAUAUGCAAGAUGGAGUAGAAUCUCAGGAGAUCUUACGGCUUGCAGCGAGGCACUGUUAAAACAAGUGCGAUCAUAUCAGGGAUCAGAAGUGUGGAAAGACGACGACCGUUUCAAGAAGUUUGCAAGAGCAUCAUUGGAACUUUGUAGAGUCUACAUGGAGAUGUCAGUGUCGACUGGAAGCAGACGAGAACUGUUCAGUGCUGAGAUGCAUUUGAAGAACACAAUCAAACAAGCUAGAGAGAGCUUCCCGGAUACUGAAGAAUUGAAGGAGCUUGAAAGUUGCCUUGAGGAGCGACCUUUCACCAAUUAUUCAAUCACUUCCGUAUCUCCAGAACAACUCAAAUCACCGGUGACCAUGGCGACGACCGAGAGCCAAAACCUUGUAGAAGCUUCCAAGGAGGAGACGAACAAGAAGGAGAAAGAGAUAGAGGAUAAGAAGGAGGAAGUUUCGGUUCCUCCACCGCCGGAGAAACCAGAGCCUGGCGAUUGUUGCGGUAGCGGUUGCGUCCGAUGCGUUUGGGAUGUGUAUUACGAAGAGCUCGAAGAUUACAACAACAAGCUUUCUGGAGAAACUAAAUCCAUUUGACUUAAUUGCUGAGAUUAUUCAGAUUUUUGUUCUCACAUUGUUAAUAGAGAAAUUAAACUCUGUUCUUUGUCGAUUUGAUGAUUAUGUGCUUUGUUGAACAACAUUUUGGAUCUCUCUAUGAACUUGAGCUGCUUUACUUGUGAAUCGAAGAAAGUAAUGAUUAUUAA